UAGACCACCGCACACAUGAGGAGUUGCGUUGUGCUUGUGCAAGAUUCAAGUCUCUCUGAGGUUGAUGGAGGUGCAUGCUACCGGUGCCUUUGCGUCUGAGGAAAAACAAGACCUUAAACAGUCACGCAUCCUUUACAGAGCACAAUACGAGUAAGUUAGGCAAUUCUGUGGUUGUUGACAGUGUUGUUUAUAACUGCGCACUGACCUAAACACAAGGUACUCAGCUAGCAGGCUAGCUAGUCAGCCAGCCAGCCAGCCAGAUCACGCUGCAUUAGAACUAGUGAACAAUAACCAGCUGGCGGAGAGCCUGUCCGCGAUGGACCCUCAAGACACAGCCCCGGAUUCAUGGGAACAGGCGGACGAUGCCGAAGCCCAUGCAUUGGACUCAGAACCGCAGUCUUCCUUCAGUUUUCUCAAUGUAAAUGCCCCUGAGUUUGUUCCAACCUUUUUUAUGGGAGGCCCUUCGGUAAAUCCUGUAUCUGACGUAGGAGCGGAUGCUGCUGUCAAUAAGGACGCUCCAGAAAUCAUUGCGGUGGAGAAUGGAGAGACAGACGGGGGCGCAGAGGAGACCUGGGAGGAGAAGGUGAAGCCAGACGAGGAGGAGCCAGGAGGCGGUGGAGCGCUGGGGGAGAGCGGAGGAGGAGGAAUAGGAGGUCUGGAGCUGGAGGAGGGUCAGGAGGAUCUUGAGGAGGAGGAGGAAGAGCUGCUGGUGCCCAAGCCACCUCCUCCCAAGCCAGACGCCCCUAAAAAGGAGCACGUCAACGUGGUCUUCAUCGGCCAUGUAGAUGCUGGAAAAUCAACCAUUGGCGGACAGAUCAUGUAUCUGACAGGCAUGGUGGAGAAGAGGACCUUGGAGAAAUACGAGAAAGAGGCCAAAGAGAAGAACAGAGAGACCUGGUACCUGUCCUGGGCACUGGACACCAACCAGGAGGAGCGGGACAAGGGCAAGACGGUGGAGGUGGGCCGCGCCUACUUUGAGACGGAGCAGAAGCACUUCACCAUCCUGGACGCGCCCGGCCACAAGAGCUUCGUGCCUAACAUGAUCGGCGGCGCCUCGCAAGCUGACUUGGCAGUGCUGGUGAUCUCUGGCCGGAAGGGCGAGUUUGAGACGGGCUUUGAGAAGGGAGGCCAGACGCGGGAGCACGCCAUGCUGGCCAAGACGGCUGGGGUCAAGCACCUGAUCGUACUCAUCAACAAAAUGGACGACCCCACGGUCAACUGGAGCUUGGACAGGUACGAGGAGUGCAAAGAGAAGUUAGUGCCAUUUCUGAAGAAGGUGGGCUUCAACCCCAAGAAGGACAUCCACUUCAUGCCCUGCUCAGGCCUCACAGGAGCCAACCUUAAGGAGCCCUGCACUGACCUGUGCCCCUGGUACACGGGAUUACCGUUCAUUCCUCAUCUGGACAGCUUGCCAAACUUCAACAGAUCCAUGGAUGGUCCCGUCAGAUUACCGAUCGUUGACAAAUACAAGGACAUGGGGACGGUGAUCCUGGGCAAACUGGAGUCGGGCUCCAUUAGCAAAGCACAGCAGCUCGUCAUGAUGCCAAACAGGCACACGGUAGAGGUCCUGAUGCUGCUCUCGGACGACAUUGAGACGGACGACGCCAUGCCCGGCGAGAACCUCAAACUGAGGCUCAAGGGCAUCGAGGAGGAGGAGAUCCUGCCGGGCUUCAUCCUAUGCAACGCUGAGAACCUCUGCCACACAGGGAGGACCUUUGAUGCCCAGAUCGUCAUCAUUGAACACAAAUCCAUCAUCUGCCCAGGUUACAAUGCAGUUCUCCACAUCCACACAUGCAUCGAGGAGGUGCAGAUCUCAGCCUUAAUCUGUCUGGUCGACAAGAAAUCGGGCGAGAAGAGCAAGACGCGACCACGCUUUGUGAAGCAGGAUCAGGUCUGCAUCGCCCGCCUCAAGGCAGCUGGAACCAUUUGCGUCGAGACGUUCAAAGACUUCCCCCAGAUGGGCCGCUUCACGCUGAGGGACGAAGGCAAGACUAUCGCCAUUGGCAAGGUCCUGAAGUUGGUGCCGGAGAAGGACUAAAGUGGAGUCGCUGGCUGGACUGUCUUGCUGUGCACUAUGGGAAAGCAGAGGACUGGUAUCCUAGACUACAGUCCUCGCCUCUGCAACCAUCCCCUGUUCUGCACUAUCUACCUGUUGAGGAGCAAUUCUAACACGACGAGAAAAACAACAACAUCAACAAAACGUAUAUGUUUGAGAAAAGGAACUGAUUGGCGUUUUUAAGACGUAAACAGUAAUAAGGAAAAGUAUACAGUGUGUGUCGCUUUCUCAUAUUGAGAGCUCAGCUAUGCCACUCGUGUAGCCCCAAAUAUCCUGGGUCAGCAGAUCACAACUAAUCUUUUAAAAUCAAGUAGGUGAACUGUUCUCUCUGUGUCUUUUGGAAAGGCAGGAAGAGAUUCAACAGAAUUUUAAAGAAAUUAUUCAACAACCUACCGUUACAAGUUACUACUCGAUGCACUUGAAAAAACAAAAUCAUGCUGAUAUGAAUGACACUUGUGUCCCUUCAGCUUUUCUUGCCCUGAAAUGGAUUGGACAUGACAUGGCGACACUUCCAAUGUUGUGGCCUGUGUUGACCUAAAGCUGCAGUAAAAUAAAGAAUGGACUUGUGAAAUAA